AUGGCACAGCCACGUUCCCAGUCAUGGUCAGUGCCAGGGCCAUGGGGUCCGCUGCCAUCAGUCCCUGCUGUCCAUGGUGGCUUCCAGCUCUGCGCGGCGCUGAGGUUGAGGCUGGAAAGUGGCAGCGAGGAGGAGGAGGAGGAGGACGGGGACCUCAGUGCUGCGCUGGAGCCGGGGCAGGCAGGUGGGUCCCUGGAGCAGGUGGGUGCCAUUGGGGUGCUGGUGGGUGCUGAGCUGCGGUCCCAGGGCGCGGUGAUGCUGGCGAGGCCGUGCUGGAGAGGCUGGAGGCGCUGGAGGCCGACGUCCGCUUCCUCUGCACCGAGCUGGGCGCUGAGAAGCUGCUGUGGAGCAGCCGGUUCCUGGAGCUGCUGCGGGAGCAGCAGGGGCUGCGCCAGCGGCUGCAGGAGCGGGUGCUGCGGUGGGGCAGCGGUGACGGCCCCGAGCUGCUGGGGGAUGCGGAGGAGCCCAAUGCCAGUGGGAGCAAGGGAGAGAGCCCCCAGGAGGCCGAUGGCUGGAGCCACCCUGGCAGCCGGGACCAGCCCCAGCCAGGCUCCUGGGACCAGCGGCUCCGUGAUGGGCCAUGAAGGUGGGAGCAGGGUGGCAGGAGAGGGGAAGGAGCAGCACAUCCCUCCCUGCCCGGCGCGGUCCAGCUUCUGUUGCCAUACGUGUCCCCGUACAUGCCUUCCAUCCCUCAGUGCCAGCCAGGCCCUGCCUGGUCCUGCCCAUUCAGAACUGCAGCAGGAAGCAGCCUGGAGGCAGAGGAGGGUGAGCGGCUCCCAUGGGGCUACCCCAGGGCUGGCUGUGGCGGAACCCAACGGCGAGCAUCAUCCUGAUCCGCUGCAACUUGUUGGGAGCCUCCACAGGCAAGGAGGGAGGGCAGAGCCAGCUCCCCGUCACCGUGCGCAAGCUGGCGGUGGUGGGGCCACACAAGGAUUGCAAAACACAGGCGCUGCCCCAUUUACUUCCUCGUUGGCCGGAUCAGGCCCCUCCGUCAGCGGCUCCAUGCACGUGUUGUAACUCUCAGCUGGCUCCUUGCAACAGCCCAAGGUGGGAACUGGGGCAGCCGAGGGACCCUCGUCCCUGGAGAGGGGCUCAGCCAGGGAUGCUGCUCCAUGGGAGGACCAGGAUGGAGCUGGGGUUGGAGGACGGUGCUGAGCCCUCCAUAAUGCCAGAAUAGGCCUUGGGCUCCCAUGCAAGGUGCAGGAGCGAUGGGGCCACCCUGUGCCCAAGCCCUGGU